GGAAGGAAAGCUCCUGAUGGAAAAGUUACACCCCCUUGAUACUGAAAGCACAUAGGUCACCUGAAAAUGUCUGUGAGCAGGGAGACACAGGAGGCUCUAUAUCCUUCUAAAAAAUUGUGUUUCAGGGGUGUGCAGCUCCAGUUGUGAGCUUUUCUCUCUGGACCUGGAACUAAAAUGAGCCUUUCCUGAGGAGUGGAAGGGUUGAAUGCACCCAUCAGCCAUGGCACACUUUGGGAGGGUGCCCUUGUCACUCAGUGAGCUCUGUGCAGGACAGCCUGGGCCCCAGGCACCUCACCCAGUGUGCCAUUCUGGCUCUGAUGGACACAUCCCUCUAGGAUUUGAUCCAAUCGUUGAUGAAGUCAGCAAUGAAUUUUUUUUUUAUGGUUCAUCCCACCCACAUCAUCAUGAAGGAAUCUUUUUCCCAGCAGAGCUUUUCAGUCAGCACGUGCCUGACCAGCAUCUUUACAGUCAUCCUCUGGUUUCUCAUGGAGAACUUUACCCUGGAAGUCCAGUCCCUCACUGGCAGCAAGGCUCAGUGGCACCAAUGGUUGGCUUCAGACCUUCCUCCCUGCCUGACUGCAGAAACUUCUCUGUGGUGGAUUCCCACCCCUACAGUCACAACAGAGAGCUCCAUGGAAGGAAUAGUGUAAAUUCACUCUCUAAUGUGGAAAGGGGCAACACAAAUCUGGAGUUUCAGAUAGGCUUUGACAAUCUGGGUGCUGCAAGUCCUGUUUUCUUGGACAAUUAUCCAUUUGGACAAAAAGUGAGAGAAGAAAGUGGAAAUGGGGAAGCUUCUGUAACCAACACUUCUGGAAGAUGCAGCACAGGACCUCCCCACCCCCAGGGCUCUGGACAUACCAGAGAGGCUGCAGCUUGGUCUAUCCAGCUGAUUGAAGCAGAUCAAGGAAGUAAUGAAAACACAGUUGGUUUCUGCAAUGCAGUGGAGAAAAUCAGAAAUGCCUAUCCUGCUUUUGAUUUGAAGACAAAUACUGGGAAAAUCUGGAGUAUCACAACAAAGUUCCCAGAGCAUAUCCUUGGUGGAACAAAAUUCAGACUCAGCAUCUUCACAGAUUUUUCACCACAUCCUCUACUUCUUACACAGCAUGCUGGCUGUAUCACUCACGACUUAAUUGUGGAGAUCCUCAGUUGCACAAAUCAAUACUCAGCCCGGGAGGAAUGCCUUCUGAGUGUUUGUGGGGCUGAUGAAUUCUUACAGAACAACUGUACUUUGGGAAGCCACGAAAGUCUCCGCAAGGCGAGCACCUGCAUUCAGCUUCGCCUGCACCACGCUGCUCAUCUGGAGCACAGCUUGGCCAGGACAUGUGGGGAUGACCAAAGAAGGUUCUGUGUGAAUGAGCUGUUGCAAGACACUUGUGCCUGGAGACUGAUUUGGCAGAACCUUGUCUCUGCUGUUAUCAACUACAGAGGUCAAGUGGAAUAUCUGCUGCAAAAUGAGAAUAAUGUUGAUAAUGUGAUUGAGGCAGCUAAAACCAUCUGCAGUGUCCUGUGUUUUGUGGAAACCAGAGACAUCACUGAUGCAGUCUGGAAACUCCAAGCUUUGGGGAGAGCACAGAAUUCUCUUCGAAGUGUGGAAACACCAGACAAAGUGUUAGUAGAGGCUGCUGUGACUGAGCUCUCCAUGGCCAUCUCUCGUCUCAUCCAUGCCUACAGCAGCAGCUUUGAUGCAAAUUUCCAGCUUGCCAGCAUCCCUAGGAGCCCUUUAUGUGCAGACAUCAGCCUGAAUUCCCAGCUGAGCUUCACUGUUUGUGCUGCCCAUAACAUCCCAGAAGCCUGGGUGACCAGCUACAGAGCUUUUUCUUUUUCCUGUUUACUGACUUAUGCUGGGAAGACAAUAUGUCAAGUGAAGAUUUGCAAAAAUACUGAAGUUAAAAGAUCCUUCUUCUUUCUGGUUUACUGGAAUGAGAAGGUCAACUUCCCUCUACGAAUAAAGGCUCUUCCAAGGGAAACCAUGCUGACAAUCAAACUGCUGGGAGUAAACAGUGCCUCGAAAAAUACAGAAGUGCUUGCUUGGACAUGCUGCCCAUUGUAUGCAAAAGAGAGGCUGGUCCAUGGAACCGUGCUGCUCAGCCUGGCACCGUGCAGCACCCUCCCCACAGCACUGAUCACCCCGGGCAUCUGCAGCACUGAGACACCAACCUCAGGCACCCUGCAGAUUGACUUCCCAGAAGCUGAUUUGGAGUUCAUUAAACCUGAACCUGAAGAAAGAAGAGGUGAUCUUGUAGAGCCAACCCAAGAGUGCCUGAAGCACAUUGCCAGACUUGCACAGAGACACUCUCUCUUGCUACUCUCAGAGCAGCAGAGGAGAAUCCUGUGGUUUUAUCGCUACUCCUGCAAUAAGCAGAACUGCUCCCUUCCCCUGGUGCUGGGCAGUGCACCCAGCUGGGACAGAACCACUGUGUCAGAAAUGCAUGCCCUGCUCAGGGCUUGGAGCUUUUCUCACCCUCUGCAGGCACUUGGGCUGCUGACUUUCAGUUUUCCAGAUCAAGAUAUUCGCAGGGCAGCAGUCCAACAAAUAGAAAAUGUGUCAAAUGAUGAAUUGCUGGAAUACCUCCCACAGCUGGUUCAGGUGCUCAAGUUUGAGUGGAGUCUUGAAAGCCCUCUGGUGAAACUCCUGCUGAGUCGUUCUCUUCAGAGCAUCCAAGUAGCCCAUCAGCUUUACUGGCUGCUGAAGAAUGCUCAGAAUGAAGUUCAUUUCAGAAUGUGGUAUAAGAAACUUCUGGCUGCUCUCCAGUUCUGUGCUGGACAGACCCUGAACAAUGAGUUUUCUAAGGAAGAAAAACUCAUCAGAAUUCUGGAAGACAUUGCCACAAAAGUGAAAGCUGCCAGUGACCCAAAAAGAAAGGAGGUGUUGAAGGUGGAGCUCAGCAGACUGCAGCAGUUCUUCCAGGAGGUGAAGCUCUGCCGGCUGCCCCUGAACCCCGCGCUUGUUGUGCAAGGCAUAGAGGCAGAUUCAUGUUCUUAUUUUACAUCCAAUGCCUUUCCCUUAAAAAUCUCCUUCAUCAAUGCGAAUGCUCCAAGUGGAAACAUCAAUGUUAUUUUUAAGGUAGGUGAUGAUCUACGUCAAGAUAUGUUGGUCCUGCAAAUUAUUCGUCUGAUGGACAGCAUUUGGCUCCAAGAGGGACUGGAUAUGCAAAUGAUCAUUUACAGGUGUUUAUCUACAGGGAGAGGACAAGGACUGGUGCAGAUGGUGCCAGAUGCUACCACGCUAGCAAAGAUCCACAGGGAGUCUGGGCUGAUAGGACCACUGAAAGAAAACACAAUUAAAAAAUGGUUUCACCAUCACCAUCCUCUGGAAUCAAGUUACCAAGAGGCCAUAAGGAAUUUCUUUUAUUCCUGUGCUGGCUGGUGUGUUGUUACCUUCAUCCUGGGAGUCUGUGAUCGACACAGUGACAACAUAAUGCUGACAAAAGCUGGACACAUGUUCCACAUAGACUUUGGAAGAUUUUUGGGUCAUGCACAGAUGUUUGGAAGCAUCAAAAGGGACAGAGCUCCCUUCAUCUUCACAUCAGAGAUGGAAUAUUUCAUAACAGAGGGGGGGAAAAGCCCACAGCGUUUCCAGGAGUUUGUGGAGCUGUGUUGUCGAGCCUAUAACAUAGUCAGGAAACACAGCCAGCUGCUCCUGAACCUGCUGGAGAUGAUGCUGCAUGCAGGAUUGCCUGAGCUGAGCAGCAUCCAGGAUCUGAAAUAUGUGUAUGAUAACCUCCGUCCUCAGGACUCAGAUCUCCAGGCUACAAGCUACUUUACAAGGAAAAUAAAGGAAAGUUUGGAGUGCUUUCCUGUUAAACUCAACAACUUGAUCCACACGCUCGUGCAGAUGUCAGUGGGGAGCUCUGCAAAGCCUCCAGCUCCAGAGAGUGUCCCCCAGGAAUGGAUGAUGCUGGACACAGAGGGGUCAAUUGCAAGGGCCACCAUUCUGGGAUUCAGCAGAAAGCCUGACCCCGUAUACCUCAUCCAGGUGGUGCAGACCUGCAACGUGGUCACCUUCGUGGAAAAAUCAUUCCACCAGUUCUCAAAACUUCACAGCCAUCUCCAGAAGCAAUUCCCAUCUCAUGCCCUCCCAGAGUUUCCCCACUCAUGGCAUUUACCUUUUACAGACCUUGAACACAAGAGAGUGAAGGAUUUGAACCUCUACCUGAAGCAGCUAUUAAGUGGCUCCAGGAAACUGGCUAAUAAUGAGCUGGUACUCAGCUUCUUCCUCAACUGGUCCAAAAAUACCUUGGCAGAACACUCAUCAUCUUUGACCUUAGUUUUUAGGCAAAAUAAAAGCUCAUAAAGGAGUCUGCAGCUGCACUCUGCACCACAACAAUUCAGCUGGUUGUUAUGUGCUCCAAGUGAUAGGAUGGUUUCCAAGAUCAUCAGUUUUCCACAUUUCAGAAAGGAUUGUAUCUCUGCAUAUUUAGUUUGCAUGUCCAUUAAGUUAAUUUAAUCCCUCUGCAGACAGAGGUUUCAUUAUCUCUUUUGCUGGGACCAGUUUUUUUUUAAUCCAUCAGAACAAAAUAAAUCCCAUUCUGGCUUCUGAGCCCUUGGAAGAUUCCCCCUGUGUGGAGUUUAAUUGAUUAGGGAAUGCCAUUAUCAUAUGAAACCCAUUAUGACUAUUGAAAAUUACUAAUGGUUGCUCUAACUUUUACAAAGGAUCAAGGAGAUCAUGUAAAGAUGCUAGGAACAUGUAAUCUGGGUCCAUGGACUGCAUCUCUCUGUAGGUGUCUUUGGCAAAGAUACAGAUGCCAGAGGGAGCUGAAGCACAAAGCAGUUAAAGCCCCAGAAUAAGUUUGUUUUGUCACUAAUAUUCAGCUGCCUAAUUCUUACAGAGAAUCUGGGUGUAAAAGUUUUAUGCAAAAUCACGAACUGAAUCUCUAAUAAAAUUGAGAAAUAACCUGCAACAUCAUAAUUCUUACAGCAGUGUCCUGAGCCAGUGUAGUCUGCAGGAGGAGCUGUCACUGUCAUAUUUUCUGGAAAAAUCCCUUUGCCAGGAUUUCUUCUCCUGGGAAGCUGAGAAGCCUUGGAGAGAAAUGAAAACAAUAAUUAUCUCCUUUGCUUCUCCUGUGUUUUGCUGCUUUGGAAUGUGGUUGGAGAUUGUUUAUCCAACAUGUGAAUUAUUUUGACUUAAUGACCAAUCACAGCCAGCUGUGUCAGGAUUCUGGAGAGUCAUGAGAUUUUCAUUAUUAUCUUGUUAAACCUUCUGUAAGUAUCCUUUCUCUAUUCUUUAGUGUAGUUUAGUAUAGCAUUCUUUAAUAUAGUAACAUAAUAAAUUAGCCUUCUAUAAACAUGGAGUCAGAUUCAUCUUUUCCUUCCUGCCACGGGGAACCCUGAAAAUACCACAGA